AGGAAGAAGGUUUUCUGAUCUUCACCAGACACUGUAUUUUAGAAGAUGAGAGCAAAAGGCAUCAGGCUUAAUGAAGAAUUCUUGAAGGGUAUCCUUGGCAGUGAUUGAAAAGGUUUUCAAAACCUUUCUGCAUCAGCCCAACAAGACAAUGGUAUAAAAGAAGUUGGAAAAGGAAUUGGAAGGCGAUGGAACAAAAUAUGUGCAUAUGCAGUACCUGACAUUAAGGGCUAUGUGCCUAGACCUGUUGACACCAAGGAAGAAUGAAUGUCCUGUGUUCCCAUCACUUUUCAAAAGGAAAAAUACAUGUGCCAAAUAUUUGACUGUGGUUGGCUGCAGAUGCUAGAAAAGGUGGGUGAUACUACAGCAUAUAGGUGCAAUUGGCAUUGUAUGAAGUUUUGCAUAACUGAUUGCGCCUGGUACAGUUUCUGUCUGUAUCUAUCUUAGGUAUUUACAAGGCAUCUGUCACCUUGGUACCUAAGCAGUUUGAAAAAUGCACCCACCCCAGGAGGCAUGAUGCAGAUACAGGCAGAGGCCCAGGUCCAGAGCAGCAGAGGCAGGUCCCAGGAAGCUCCCCAACUGUGUUACCGCUGUUGUUGAGCUCCUGGCCCACUUGGUGUGGCCAAGGAACAUCUCCACCUACCUGUCAGCAGGAAGACGGUACCCCACCCCUCACGUCCAGCUCCACUGGUGGGGAAUCUGAAAAGGAAAGAUAAUGGAAAAGGCAACGAUCCAGUAGCAGAGGUGAAACAGAAAUGGUGGGAUUUCAAAAGGAGGGAUUCUUAAAGAGCAGCACAUCUCAGGGGAGGGAUCAACUGCCAGUCCAAGUGGCAGAUGUCACUGGGGAACAAGAUGGGGAGGUUCCUGGAUCCUCGGGGCAAGCCGGCCGUCACCGAGGGAGCUCGCCGUCCACGCCGGCCGAAGAACAGGAAUCCUCGGUGCCUGCCUCUGACGAAGACUCGCCGGCCAGGACCACAGAGAGCUGGCAGUGGCCGUUGUCCUCGUCUGAAACGCACAGCAACGUUGGGGAGGAUUUUGAGGGAUUUCAAACGCCAGCGCGGACUCCGGAGUGUACUAUGGACAUACAGUCUCCCGGGGAUCAGUCACUCAGUAGGACUCCUCAGUUUGAAAGUGACUCUCCUGAGGAGGAGGAGGGAAAUGAUGAAAUGAAUGAAGAGCGCUGCGGUGUUGAGCCUGUCCCUAGGGAUCGGGGUUGGAGAGGGCAGCCCCAGCUAACAGAGGGAGAGAAGCUGUUGAUGGAAACCAACAGUAGGAUUGUGCAGCUGCUGGAAAAUAUCAAGAGGGAGCAUGCACAGUCCAUGGGUCUCAUGUCACAGUCCAUGGGCCGUAUGGAGCUGCAGCUGGGCAUUGUGGCUACCUCCACAAGAGCCAUCCAUAACUACCUGUCAGAGAUUUUAGCUUUCCUCAAGCAGCCAAGGACGCAGGUCCUUGAAACGCGCAUCUCCCAAAGAGCCACCCCCCAUGUCGAGUUAACUUGUGCCUCGACAUGGACCGGUGAGGACGCAGUGGCAUCCUCCACUGUGUGCUUACCCGGGGCCGAAGGGACGAGCGACUCUCGAGAACCACCGCAGGCCACGCUGCCUUGUCGCAGUGGCCGGCUGCAGAGAGCCAUAACCGAGAGGGCCUCGUUGCCCAUGCCUACACGCCAGGCAAAAGGGGGGGGGGAAGAAAAAAUAACCGCACCAUAGGAUUUUUAGGGUUUUUUUUAAUGUGCCUGUCCUUUUAAUUCUUAGCCAUAAGGCCAUCAGUGGCAGAAUUCAACCAUUUCCUACAUUGGCUAACAUUGUAUUCUGGCUGACUAGAUUAGUCUAACAUUUUGUAGUUUAUAUUUGCACUGUUAACGAUGUGUGCUGCUGGUAUUUGAAGAACAUUUGCCUCUGUUCUUUCACUUUAACUUCAUACGAGCAUUUUUUUACUCUGUGCCAGGCAUUCAUUGCUUUUCUUACAAAUACAAGUCAUUUCUUGA